UGCACUUCAAAAUUACCUAACCGGUACCGAAGCGCGACGAAGACCCAGAAUUGCGUCGAGUCAACAAUUGCUCCCGCGUAGCUUACAAAACUCUGUGUUAUGAUAACGUUGUAGGAAUGUAAUAAUCAUAAUACAUGCUAUGAGGUAAGCAUACCAAAGCGAAGCAAGUACUUCAGAGAAGGUCUGGAAGGAGAAUGCAGCUGUCGCUUGUCGACCCGCAAGCCUUUCGAGAUGGCUUCUCGCUGGCUACAUUUCUCGCUGGGCUCGCCAAGGAGGUGCUGGAUCCAAAGGACCCGCCCGUGGGCCCCAAGCCGGACACCAGCACCGCCGCAGCGGCUGCCCGCGUGGCGCUGGAGAAGAGCCGCGCGAUGCUGGAGCUUAUGGACAAGGCCGAGUCGGAGGCGGUGUAUGCGCACGGCGAGGUGGCUCGCUCCGUUACGGGGCUGCAGGCGGCGCUGCAGGCAGACCAGGCCAAGUACCAGAAAGCCCUGUCCAGCGCCCAGCGGCACUCGGAGCGGGUGCGGGAGGCGUUCCGAGAGGUGGAGGAGCGCAGCAACCGGGUGGGACAGGUCGGCACGCGGCUGGGAGACCGGCUGCAGCGAGCCGACGCGCUGCGCAGUCGCGCGCUGGAGCUGGUGUCGCUGUUCGAGCACCUGGCGCUGUUCGCGGCGCUGCCCGAGGGCGACGGCGCCUUCGCGGCGCACCUGCCGGGGCUGUUCUGGGAGGACAGGCGGCUGGCGGAGGCGGCGGUGAGGCGAAUGAGGGGUUUGGAGGGGGCGGGUGGAGGGGGUGGGUGGGGCAGGUGGGCGGAGUGAUGUUGGUGGGUGGUGUUUAUUUCAAUGGGGCUGGUCAGCUGGCAUGAGGCGCUGAGAAGAGGGGCGCGGCUGUGGUUAGUUGUGGGAGCGGUGGCGGCGGUGAUGGGGAUGAUGGUGGCGAGAGGCGGGGCGAGGGAGAGGGCGGGGUCAACUGCGUCCCUCUGACCAUCU